AUGGCGAAGCGCGGGAAGACGACGACGGCGAAGUUGACUGGGGCCGAGGAGGUGCGGCCGCAGCGCGAGGAGAAGAAGGAGGAGGAGAAGGGGGGUGAGAAGAAGGGGGGUGAGAAGGUGAACGUGGAGAAGGAGGAGGAGAAGAAGAAGAAAAAGAAUGGCGAGGCGGAGAUGCAGGAGGCGCUGGAGAAGAUCGUGAACAGCUGGAUCUUGGACUACGUGUUUUACGUUGGCAAGCGGCUCUUCGACGAGGAGAACUACUUGGAGUUCGGCGAGAUGAGGGACAUCAUGCAGAUGGUGAUCCAGCGUCCUUUCAAGCAGAGCUUGGAGGCGAUGAUGAAGCUCCGCGUUUUGCAGCUGAUGUCACGCCUUGCCGAGGCACAGAAUCUAGAAGCGCAGUUUGAAGAUGACAGCCUCACCCCAAUGGAAUCAGCUUUGCAGGUGCUGACCAUCAUGGAGGACGAACUAAAGAUCCCACAGCCUCUGACCAAGCUCAAGGAACAAUUCAAGAUACAGGCGGUCAUUCUUUGCUUUGUUCAAAAUGACUAUGUCAAGGCUGCGGAGGUGUUCAAGAGGCAGUUUGGCAACAGCAAGACUAACAAACCCUUGAAGGAUGAACUACAGGCCGCUUUGAAGAAUCGCAGCGUUCCCGGGUCUUUGCUGAUCACCUACCCACUCAGCCAAAUCUUCCAGUGCCUGUGAACGACUUGAUAGGGCCCCUGCUGAGUCUGCAGCCACUACCGUUCCUGCUCAACGCAUCCAAAAGAGUCCUACAAGCCAAGAAAGAAGCUAAUAAAGGACCGGCAGCUGAUCACCCUGGUACCAGCAGCGGAACAGGCAGCAAGUGGCAAGGUUUUUGUUUCGUGCUUCGAGGUGCGUGAUUCCUUUGUGGCGCUGAAUGCAUUGGGGGGCAGGUGGUGAUGAGCGAGCCUCCCUCAAGCUCUUC